AAGCAACAUAUCUAGGCUAGCUGAUCCAAGCACAAAAAAAAGUAAUAAGUAGAAGAAAAAGAGAAAAGAGAAAAGAUGAAUAUGGAGAUUGAGGAAGUGACCAUCAGCAGCUACCAAAAACUGCCACUACUUUCACUGAACCAUGUAUCUUUGUUGGUGAAAGAUGUUUGGAAUUCAGUGCAAUUCUAUGAAGCUGUCUUGGGCUUUUGUCUUGUGAAACGCCCUUCUUCUUUCAAUUUUCAUGGAGCCUGGCUUUACAAUUAUGGCAUUGGGAUUCACUUACUUGAGAAUAAAGUAAUGGAGGACUUGGAUGUCAACAAUGAACCACGCCCUAUUAAUCCAAAGGAUAAUCACAUUUCCUUUCAGUGCACUGAUGUUGAGUUGGUGAAGAGGAAGUUGAAAGAGAUGGGAAUGAGAUAUGUAACUGCAGUGGUAGAAGAUGAAGGAAUCAAAGUAGAUCAAGUAUUUUUCCAUGAUCCAGAUGGCUAUAUGAUUGAAAUUUGCAACUGUGAAAACCUUCCAAUGCUGCCUAUUUCUUCAAAUUGCCAACUUAAGUCCCAAUUUAUUGGCACUUACAAUAAGAACAUAAUGCCAUUGGCUGUCCCAAAUUAUAGCUGUGGUUUUAUGGAGACUCUCAUGAUGGAGAAAUUAAGCAUGGACAUGCUCAACUUUUCCUUUUGAUUAAAAUGAUCUUUGAAAUCUUUGAUAGUCUGGAAUGGGGACGCGAAUCUAGCGACCCUUGUUACUUGUGUUUAAAUAUCUAGUGGGGGUGUCUUGAAUCUUUGAAUCUUUCAAAUGUUUGUCAUUAUUGUUUACAAAAGUUUGCUUAUUUUUACAUGCAAAAAUAUGAUGUAUUUGCAUUUUCAAACUCUA